UCAAAUGCGCUAUACAGAUACAUAGAUACAUUUUUUAAAAAUCUCAGUUUUUAUACAGAUCGUUCUUCGAGAUACACACGUUCCAUUCCAAUUAGCAUCCCGCGCGCACAGACACCCCCAUCAUCGAUCGCAGCCAUCGCACACACUUGUAUGCAAAUCGCAUUUAAAAAAAAAAUGUAUCUAGAUACAAUCUUAAUCUGUGUAUCUUCAGAUCGCUAGAUCUCAUUUUUUUAAAGCCUUUAAGGAUGGUAUCAUGCGUAACUGCGAGAGACUUUUGCUUUAGUCAGUUUAAAAAAUCGGUACAGUGCGGUAGGAAACGGCUCCUGUUUUUUGUUUUCGGAUUUUUUUUGUUUAAAUUUAAUUUGGAAAUCUGGGAAUUUUGAAAUUGACUAAAAAAAUUGCUACUUCUUUUUUAAAGAAAUAAAUAUUUACUAUUUAUUCAAUGAUGAUUAAAAGUGAAGACAUGCUCGAUUCGGGUGCGACCCAUCAUCAGCAUCCCAUUUAUCGGGGAUUGCCUUCCAAUAUUCUCUCGACCGCAAAUUUCCAACCAUUGCAAUACGAUCAAUCCGCGUUACGUUUGCAUCAGAAUUCUCCAGAAUUGUGCGAUGAGAAACCGAAUAUAAACUAUCUCGAUCGAAAGUAUUACAUGCAACAGACUCCCUCGCCUUAUACCAAUCAGCAUCAUCAUGUUCAGAUGUCCACCACUCCUUCCGGUAGUCCGCAAUCGGUUCUUAUGUCCACUGGAGGAUUAAAUAUGUCUCCAGUUCCGAAAAUCGAAAAUGCUAUGAAUUUGGGUAAUUUUUCCAUCAACGGAAAUGGUUCGAAUAAAGCGAUUUUGAUUCCAUCGUCGUUGGGGCAAAUUAAUCAUUAUACAUCGACUAUUAAAUAUUGUCCAAGUAGUUCGGUUUUAAAUUCAAUAAAUAAUUCAAAUAACUAUCAUAAUAAUAACAAUAACAACUCGAAUAAUAGCAACAACAACAACAAUAGCAUUUCCAGUCAAGAAGUGGAAAAUUUGGAUAUUAAAACUACGACUACAGAUAUGUUAGCAGCCAGUGGGGCCAUUCAGAGGAUUCAACAUGUUAGUUCGAGUGGAGGAAAUUGUAUUGAUUCGGUUACUUAUUCAAAUAGUUCAUCACCAGCAAAGUCGGUUAAUGGACAAACGGAACAGUUGGGACAGAGUCAACAACAAAAUUCAACUCCAGCAGAUACAACGAAAAAGUCAGGAGCAAGAAGACCAGAGAAACCAGCUUUGAGCUAUAUUAAUAUGAUUGCAAUGGCAAUUAAGGAGUCACCUAGUGGAAAACUGACACUUAGUGAAAUUUAUAGUUAUUUACAAAAAAAAUUUGAAUUCUUUCGUGGUCCAUACGUGGGAUGGAAGAACUCCGUCCGUCACAAUUUAAGCCUCAAUGAAUGUUUCAAAAAAUUACCCAAAGGCAUGGGCGUGGGAAAACCUGGCAAAGGAAACUAUUGGACAAUUGAACAAAACUCUGCUUAUAUGUUUGAAGAUGAGGGAAGUCUAAGAAGACGACCACGAGGUUAUCGGUCAAAGCUGAAAAUGAAACCUUACAGCGCUGCUAAUGGAUUCUACUCACCAUCACCUUACGAUAAUGGCUCAAUGGUGAAUUGGAGGGAUAAUCCAAAUUUUUAUGCUCCACAAAGUUACACCUCCUAUGAAUAUUCAACCCCACCAGCAUUUGCUUCGGAAGCAUGGAAUCAUCCUCAAUCAGCUCUGCCUCAGUAUUCGAAUAUUGCCGCACAUCAUAGUGCGGCGGCAGCACUGCAUAAUGGCAACUCUUCACCACCACCUCCGCCACCCACAUCGUCGGCGUCGGGCUCGAUGCAAAGUACAAAUCCGGGCCUGGAUUAUGCCAACUACCAGUACACAACGAGUUCGUACAACAUUGACAACGGAAUUCGUUCGAUGUCAUUAUCUCAAAUACCUUCGAUGUCAUCCCUAACACCAACAAGUUCACCUUCUAGCAGUUCAUUAAUUGAUCGCAAAACUGUGUACUUACCACCAAUAACCCCGCCAUCGUCAAUGUCAACUCCACCGUUACAUCACCAAAGUUCAUUGAAUAUAUCUGCACCAGCAACUUACUUUGAACCCAUAAAGUAUUCUAAUUAAAUAAGAAAAUUGUAAUUUAUCCAAAAAUUCACUACAAUAUUGUAUCUCAUAUAAGUAUUUCUUUUAGAAUUAAAUUAUUAUAAAACCGUAUUUAUUGUACAGUUAGUAAUA